UUAUUUAUUGCCGGUUCCGCUUUCUUCCAAACAAACGCUCCAGGCAUUGGAGAAAGAAAGAAAUUGUAAUUUAUAUUGCGUGAGACCUCCUCGUGAGUCUUCUUCCCUGGAAUUUUUGCAUUUGCAAUCAUGAGACCAAACAUGCGUGGCCGUGGAGGAAUGAGGGGAGGCAUGCGGCCGGUCAGACCUUUCGGAGGACCAGGACCGUUCAGACCCUUUAUUCCUCACAUUCCGUUUGACUUGGUGCAGUGUGAGAAUGCCUUCCCAAGAGCGAAAUCAGCGCCGGACGAGAAAGCCCUGACUGAUGCUCUGCUGAAGCGACACACUGACCUGACCCCGUCCUCCGCCGAGCAGGCGUCCAUCCUGUCGCUGGUCACCAAAGUCCAGGGAAUCCUGGACAAUCUGGUCAUCGCUCCUGCCGGAUUUGAGGCUGCUACGCUGGAAGAAGUGCGCCAGGUUGGCUCUUUCAAGAAAGGCACCAUGAUGGCUGGCCACAACAUCGCAGACAUUGUCGUCAUGUUCAAAACUUUGCCGACGAAGGAGGCCGUGACAGCCCUGGGGAACAAAGUCGCGGAGGAGCUCAAGUCUCAGGAGCCACAGGAAGAGGCAGUCCCUCCCAGGAAGAGAAUGGCACAAAAUACUCCAAAGACAGUGCUGACGAUGCUGCCCAACGAGUCUGGCUUUGAGAUCAACAGCGGGGACGCCACGGUCCAGUGCCUCAUCACCACCAUCCCCCCCAACCUGAAGAAGCUGGACCCGGAACUGCAUCUGGACGGCAAGUUGAUGAACGGUCGCCUGGCUGCCAUACGUCACGCUCGCUGGUUUGAGGAAAACGGCCAGCACUCGAGUGUCAAAGUGCUCAUCCGACUCCUACGCGACCUCAAGAACAGAUUCGAGGGAUUGUCUCCCCUCACCCCCUGGAUCAUUGACUUGCUGGCACAUUUCGCGGUGGUCAACAACCCUUCCAGACAGCCUUUGCCCAUCAACCAGGCCUUCAAGCGGGGUGUCCAGAUGUUGGCGGCCGGCUUCUUCCUGCCGGGCUCGGUGGGCAUCACCGACCCGUGCGAGCAGGGCACGAUACGCGUCCACACCGUCAUGACUCUGGAGCAGCAGGACCAGGUGUGCUUCACGGCCCAGACGUUGCUGCGAGUCCUCAGCCAUGGCGGGUACAAACAGAUCCUGGGCAUGGAGGGAAACGCCAGUAUCGCCACAGAGAUGAGCGUGUGGGAGGGUGUUGUUGUCACGCCGUCGGACAAGGCCUACGAGAAACCUGCCGAGAAGAAGGAAGGACAGGAGGAGGAGAUGGAGGAAGACAUGGAUGGAGAGAGCACCUAGAAAGGAAGAAAGGGUUCUGUGUGUUUGUGUGUGUGCGCCUGUGUGUGUGAAAUUGACAGUUGUGUGAGAGCUGGGCGUGCUAAGUACUUAGAUAAAAUUGGAGCUCUCUGGUUUUGGGGGGAUUGUUUUUCAACCGUUCAAAAAACCCCAAUAGGAUUUGCCCCAAAAAAUCAUAAGUGACAUGAAGAUUCACAAUUUUUUAAAAUUACGUUUGUUUGCAAUUUUUGCACAACUUGUCUCUAACAACGUGAAAAUACAUUUGGAUAAUGGGGAGGGGGGGGGGGUGUGUAUUUGCAAUAUUUGUGUGACUUGUUGCUAAUGACAUGAACAAAUACACAUGUUUGUAUUUGCGUACAUUUGCAAUACCUGUUAUUUGCCAUUCCGUAAACUUAAACUUUUGGGGUUCUGGAGAUUGAUUUUUUUUCUUUUCCAAACUCCAAUUUUUUAGGUUGUAUUUUGAGGAAAGCUGGUAUUUUUGGUGAGAGAGUGAUUGGCAGAUCUGUUGUGUUCACAUGUUGGGUGGGUGUUAGUUACCACGUUUGAGUCUUGUUGAAGUAGUCGUGUGUUAGUUACCACGUUUGAGUCUUGUUGAAGUAGUCGUGUGUUAGUUACCACGUUUGAGUCAUGUUGAAGUAGUCGUGUGUUAGUUACCACGUUUGAGUCUUGUUGAAGUAGUCGUGUGUUAGUUACCACGUUUGAGUCUUGUUGAAGUAGUCGUGUGUUAGUUACCACGUUUGAGUCAUGUUGAAGUAGUCGUGUGUUAGUUACCACGUUUGAGUCUUGUUGAAGUAGUCGUGUGUUAGUUACCACGUUUGAGUCUUGUUGAAGUAGUCGUGUGUUAGUUACCACGUUUGAGUCAUGUUGAAGUAGUCGUGUGUUUGGCCGUUUCUUUGCUUUUGGUUCCUGUCCAGCUGGAUGUUUUGUGUGCCAGAGUUCAGUUGGUCUCAUCGGCCGCGGCAGACGCCACACGUCAUCUCCACCUUUGCUUCGUCUUUGUUGUCCCGUGCGGAGUUGUCUCCUCUGUCGAUGCAUCGGCCACUGUCACACACUGACGGAUAAAUUAUUGUUAUUGUUAUUAUUAUUUUUUUUAUUAUUAUUGUCGUUUUCUACAUUUUUUAUGUAUUGAUUGUCUCGAAAGACUUUUCCCUGUGGGGCGGUCGUGUGUGGGAUGUCGGCUGGUGCUUGAGGCUUGAGUUAGUGACAAUCGUAAUUUCCAGGGGGGGGGGGGGGGGGGGGGGGGAUUACGAUAUAAUUUCUCACCACAUUUUGUCAGACGAACGAACAAAGGCAGCAGAGUUCCUUAGUUGAUCAUCAUACUCGCACUUAAUCUUGGAUUAUUUUAAUUCAUUCACACAGGUUGCGAAGUGGGGGGGGUAGCUUGGGUUUUGAGACCUGCGUUAUUUUCUCUACGUCAGGCAUUGCCGCCAAGCAUGUCAAAGUUGCGGGCCGGAUUAAGUGAGUCAGAAUAUCUCGUGGGUUGAAGCCGGAGAAAACGGGGUGAGAUCGGGUGAAUUUUCAUGAAAUACCCAAGCUCUUGACACUUUCCACUCCCGCAGCGCGCGCAGCACACGACACUUGUCCCCACAGACCAGGAUACAGAUGCGCUACAUCAGUACUACACCUGUACCUCGGCAAAAAUACAACAACCAUUUUGACAUUUUCAGCAUUUAAAAAAACUGACUCCAAUUCUUGUAUACAAACUACUUUUUGAUCUCAAAGGCCUCACAAACCAUUCAGAAAGGAAAUUUAACUUUAACAAGUGCGUAUGUCUAAAAGAGAUCAUUGCUGCAACGUUUUUGCCGCUAUAUCACACCGUCGCCGAUCGGUGUCCCAGCGUGGGGGCAAAGUAUUGGAAGUGGGACUAAAACUGACAAUACUACUUGUCAGUCGAGGACGUUUCGUGAGAAAAUAUCACAACUCUUGCUGCCUGCUGGGCAAGAAACGUGAGAUUUUUAAUUUUUGUUUUCAUCGUUUGAAAAUGUUGUUUUAAAGAUGUCAAUGUGUUUGACUUGAGUCGUGUGUUUUACUUGAAUGUGUUCCUUCAUGUAAGGAGUCAUUGUACAAAUCUCUUGGUCAUGUGUAAAUAAAUCACUACACAUCAGGAUGUGACAGAAUUGAUGAAUGAGGAAACUCAACCAAUAACGGUUUUGUCAAUU